UUCUAAAAUAUAAGGUAAGGGUUUAAAAAAAAUCUGUCAUAGGCAACAUGAAGCCUUAGUCAGCAAACCCUAGAGAAUUAGCAAAAAAAAAAACAAACCAAACAAACAAAAAAAACAACUAAUAGAGACAAUAGAUUCAGCAAUUGAUCAGGUAUUUAUUAAGUGACUUAGAUUCCAGGUUCAGUACUAGGAUUACAAAGCUAAAAAUAAAACAACUCAGAUUGGAAUAUCCUUCAUGUGUCCUAAAUGUCAAAAACUCUCACAUUGCUACCAUUGGGGAUUAUCUCUGUAAAAUCUUGUGCAGGUUUCUCCCUUGGCUCCACAGUGCAGGCUCACACCAAGGGCAUCUGGAUGUGGCGUGUUCCUCAUCCCAAGAAGCUCAAUCACACUCUCAUUCUUCUGGACACUGAAGGGCUGGGUGAUGUGGAGAAGGGUGACAACAAGAAUGACACUUGGAUCUUUGCCCUGGCCGUGCUACUGAGCAGCACCUUCGUCUACAACAGCAUGGGCACCAUCAACCAGCAGGCCAUGGAUGAGCUAUACUAUGUGACAGAACUGACAGAUAAAAUCAAGGAAAAAUCCUCCUCCGGCACCGAGCAGAUAAGCCUCUUUCCAGACUUUGUGUGGACUGUGCGUGAUUUCAUCUUGGACCUGGAAAUCAAUGGAGAGCCCAUCACCUCUGAUCAGUACCUGGAGAAUGCCCUGAAAUUGAAGAAAGGUACCAAUGAAGAAGUCAAAAUAUGUAUCCAGAAGUUCUUUCUAAAGAAGAAAUGCUUCAUCUUUGUCCCACCAGCCCACACUAAAAAGCUCAAGAAUCUUGAGAAACUUCACGAUGAUGAACUUGAUGUUGACUUUGUGGAAAGCACUAAAAACUUCUGUGAAUACAUCUUCAACGAUUCUGAGGCCAAGACUCUCCCAGGAGGUGGCAUGGUCAAUGGGCCCCGUCUAGGAAACCUGGUUCUUACCUAUGUCCAGGCCAUCACCAGUGGAGGUGUUCCCUGUAUGGAGAAUGCAGUCCUAGCACUGUCUCAGACAGAGAACUCAGCUGCAGUUCAAAGGGCCCUUACAUACUAUGAAGAGAAAAUGAAGCAAUCAGUUGACUUCCCCACAGAAACUCAUCAAGAACUAUUGAAUGUGCACAAUGUCUAUAAGAGGGAAGCCAUUAAAGUCUUCACGGAGAAUUCUUUCAAGGAUGUGGACCACAAAUUCCAAAAAUCAUUGGAGAUUCAUCUAGAAGACAAGCUACAUGAUUUCUGCAAACAAAAUGAAAAAGAGUCCUCAGACAGGUGCACAGCUUUGCUUUUGGAUAUUUUCAGUCAUCUAGAGAAAGCAGUAAAGCAGAAAGUCUUCUCUUGUCCAGGAGGUUAUGAUAUCUACAUUUGUAGGGUGGAAAAUCUUGUACAGAAAUACAACCGGCAGCCCAGGAAGGGAAUACAGGCAAAGAAGACUCUGGAAGAAUACUUGAAAUCAAAGGAAACUGUAAACGAUGCCAUUAAGCAGGCAGACCAAGCCCUUACCGCAAAAAAAAGAGAGAAGGAAGAGCAAGAGAAGAAAGCACAAGCUGCAGCUGCUGCUGCAAGAGAGUAUGAAGAGAGGCUAAAAAGGCAAGAGCAGAUGAUGCGGGAACAGGAAAUGAGACAGCAAGAGCAAAUGAGGCGAAUGGCUGAAGAGAGGGAAGCCCAAAGGAGAAAGAUCUUGGAAGAGCAAGAGAGAGAGCAGGCUAGGAGACUACAGGAACAAAGAGAAUUAUUCCAGGAACAGCAAAGGAGAGAGAAUGCCGAAAAGCAACGCCAAAUCCAGGCUCUGCAGGAGAUGAUUCACAACAGUAAUUCAGGAAGUGACUGUAUUAUAUUGUGAAUGUAAGAAAUGUGAAAGGGAAUUUGGGAGGUAGAAGGGAAAGGUAGGGUAGAAAGGGAAAGGAAGGUAGGGAAGCCUGAGGAAGGGAAGGCAGGGUAGCCCCCAAGUCCAGGAUGGGAAAUUGAUCCGAGCUCUUUGGAGUUCAAUAAAGAUCAGGCAGCACUUAUUGUUAGAAUAUCUAGGUUUAUUUAGAUUAGAAAAGGGAAGGUCUAGAGAAGUUAGGAGGUAGCUCUCCAAAAAAAAGGCAUGGAGAGAGAGCUCAGGGCCAAGAAAGUCUCCAGGGUAGAGAGCAUCUCCAGGGUCCAGAGAGGAGAGAGGAGAGAGCGAAAAGGCACCAAAACUCUUUUAUAAUUUCUCCAACACCUCCCACAAAGGAAGUGGGAGGUGUCAGGGAAGUUGUAGCAGGGCUUAGAAUAUUUAUAAACAACAGAGAACUUUAGUAUUUCACUCAGACAGUGGCUAUCCUUGGGAUAGUGCACAAGAGACUCAACUUGAUGAAAUGAUAAUUGAAUUAUACAAUUAUAUGAUUAAAGGUGCCUCAGAACACAUUUAUCCAACCUUAGUCCAAAGAAUGUGUCUCUUUUACAAUAUCCCUGACAAGUAAGUGGCCAUUGAACUGAACCUCAAAGGUUUCCAAGGAUGCAGAAUUCACUCCCUUAGUAUGUAAGGCAUCCCAUUCCAUUUUAGAAUGGCUCUAUUUGCUCAGAAGUCUUUCCUUAUGAGGACCUGGCAUCUUCUCUGAAAAUGACAUCUAGUUUUUUUCCUUUGAAUAACCUUCACUUGUCUAAUUCCCUCUUUCAUUUGAAAACCCUUCAUUUAUUUGAAGACAACUAUCAUGAAACAGAAACUAGAAAACAAAAAAGGAGAAGGGAAAAGGGACAUUUGGUGGGUUAAGGCACAGUCAGCAAGAAUGUCACUGCUAUACUGCUUUCCCAUGUGGGAGCUCUUUAGUUCUAUGACCCCUUCUUAUCUUCUUGUCCCCCUGACCCUUCUUCCCUCCUCCCUUUACCCCUCCAUCUCUCUCUCCCUUUCCUCCUUUCAAAAUUCAUUCUGGUGGGCAGGGCAAAAGCUACUCUAGAUUUUCCCAAGUCUCUGUCAAGUAGAAAUUCUGAGUUGAGAUAAAAACACUGUAUGAAUUAUCAAGUAGCCAGAAGGGCAGUUAAAUGUUACCUUGAGUAAAUAAACCAACUUUAUGAGUCAUUUAGGCCCAAGUUGUGAAAGGAAGUUGGAAAGUGGAUGAUCUAGCCCAGACCCUAUCAUGAAUGUGUAGCUUUUUCUGACUCCAAAGGAUUAGGACAUGUGCUCUUUGAGGGCAAAAAUAAAUAAUUUUUCACCUUUGUAUUCCCAAGAUCUACAAGAUAACCUUGUGCAUACUAGAUGUUUAUUGAAGUUUUUUUAAUUGAAUAAAAAAUAUCCAAUGAUACAUCUGUCUCCUCUACUGAAAUGUCCUCCCCUGGUCUACUAGAUUCUUUAAAUGGAAUGUCACAACUUUCUCCUUCCUCACUUUUGUAUUAAAAGUGAUUUCUAAAGAAAACCUUAAGAAUUUGUUUUAGAUUCAAAUAUAAAAAUAUAUAUCUGAGAUCCAUUCCAGUUCUAGAUUUAUGAUCCUAAGAGGUCACAGCUUUAUUUCAUUACAUACAUAUACACAAUGUUUGGAUUUCCUAUUGUUGGUUAAGUGUCUUGUUUUCCCUUCUUCCUACAUCUAACAAGUAAGCAGGUUGGUGUGACCUGGAGCUCAAGCCUAGAAUUUGCAUCAGACUCUCUCUCUUCAUUGGCUAUGGGAAUGUUAAGCUAUUCUAUUAAAGGACAAGUCACACAUCUUACACCAAAAAAUAG